CCAGGGAUUACCUUAAGCUUGAAACACCGUGGCUUUGAGUGGCUCACGUCUGCAGGAUGCCACACAAGAUCGGGUUUAUAGUUGUUAGUUCAUCGGGACACGAAGACGGCUUCAGCGCGAAGGAGCUGAUGGUUCACGCACCGACAGUGAACGGAUGGCGAUCACCCAGACUCUGUCAGUAUCCACAGGAAAUUGUUCUGCAGUUGGUGGAGAGAUGUCGAAUACGAAAACUGCAGUUGCUUGCUCACCAGUACAUGAUUUCAAGCAAAAUUGAGUUCUACAUCAGCGAAAGCUUGCCUGAAUACUUUGCUCCUUAUCAGUCGGAGAGAUUUCACAGACUAGGUUAUGUUCCUCUCUCGGACAACGAAAAGACUGAUUUCAGAGCACGAGAGUUAAAAUCUGUGUACAUGAAUGCAGUUGGCCAGUACCUGAAGCUGAUUUUCCAUAAAAAUUAUGACAAUAAGUACAACUUAUAUGGUCAGGUCGCCCUAGUUGCUAUAAACAUUAUUGGAGAUCCAGCAGACUGCAGUAAUGACAGCACUGACAGUCCUUCCAGAGAGAAGCUGAUAGACCAAUACUUAGGAAUUAAAUCAGAUGAUCCUGCCUUAGAUGGAACUUACCUCGGGAAACGUGACUCCAUUUCACCUCUGGAUGAUUUGGCUUUUGACAUGUACCAGGAUCCAGAAGUUGCUCAGAUAAUACGUAGACUGGAUGAGAAGAAGCGGGAAGCUGUCCGUCAGGAGCGCUAUGACUACGCCAAGAAACUCAAACAAGCUAUUGCAGACCUGCAGAAGGUAGGGGAACGACUGGGGAGGUACGAGGUGGAGAAGCGCUGUGCUGUGGAGAAAGAGGAUUAUGAUCUUGCUAAAAAGAAGAAACAGCAAAUGGAAGCGUAUCGCCUGAAGGUGUAUCAGCAGCUGGAGCUCCACGACCUCCUGGAUGCAGAGCUGAUGAUUCGAAAACCAUCUGAAUUGCCUUUGGAGCCUAUGACUUACACCGACAAUCUUCAGCGCACGGAAGGCGCAAAUUCACCUCCUUGUGAGCACACAGAGCCCCCUAAAGGAGAGCCACGGAGAGCACAGCCUCUGCUGGAAGAGAGCUCAGCAGAUCCCGCUUCUGCUGAGCCGCCUGUUCCCCACCAGUCCCCUCCUCCUCCUGAGACUCAUCCCACAACCUCCAGGGCAGAGUUUCCCAAAGAAAAUGUUCAGUUUUUACCUUAUGAUGAGACACCUCUUCCAGCCAUCCAGAAGCAGUCUAAUGGCGCCGUCACAUACCUUGAGCCAGGGAUGGCUGAAGAGCUUAUUGGUGAUACUCCAAGAAGCGGCAUUACUGGGGAACCAGAACCAUUAAGUGAGAAGGCACUGAGGGAGGCCAGCCCUGCUGUUGAAGUGUUUGGAGAAGCCUUGGUUUCAGGAGCAUUUUCCAAAACCUGGUCAUAUCGAGAGGAUGCCUUGCUUGCUGUGUACAAGAAGCUGAUGGAAGUGUCAGUAACCACGCCAAAGGAGGAUUUAAAGAACAUGCUGAGGGCUGCUAUUUUCCUUGUGAGGAGAGCCAUCAAAGACAUAGUGCCUUCGGUUUUUCAAGCUUCCCUAAAACUUCUAAAAAUGAUCAUUACCCAAUAUAUACCGAAACAUAAACUGGGAAAGCUGGAAACUUCUCAUUGUGUGGAAAAAGCGCUGCCAAAUUUGCUUUCUAGAACAGGAGACUCUUCAUCCCGUCUUCGCCUUGUGGCUUCUAACUUCAUUCAGGAAAUGGCUCUGUGCAGUGAGGUCAAAUCUCUUCAGAUUGUUCCAGUUCAUUUGGUUCAACCAUUAAAACCCAACUCCCCAACACAUCUGGCGAUGAGUCAAGUGGAAUUAGUGCAAUGCCUCUUGGAAGACAUGGGAACUGAAAACUCCGGGUUUACCAUCAGCAACGUCAUGAAGUUUGCAACAGGAGCUUUGGAACACCGAGUUUAUGAAGUCCGCGAUGUGGCGCUGCGGAUCAUCCUUGACAUGUACAGGAAGCACAGGGCUGCUGUACUGGAAUAUCUGCCUCCAGAUGAUGCAACCAUCCGUAAGACUGUCCUCUAUAAAACACUCUUUGAUGGAUUCACCAAAAUAGAUGGCAAGCUUUCUGAAGCUGAAAUCAGGGCACAGAGAAAGGCAACAAGAGAAGAAGAAGAGAAACAGAAGAAGGAAGAAAUAAAAGUCCUGCAAGGUCAGCGGGCAGCUCUGAAGGAGGUGCAGGGAGAAGUUCAAGCUGGAAAGGGGAAAGACUCUGACUUUCAGAAGCUAAAGACUCAAGGUUUCCAGGUAAAGGAAAGCCCACAGCCUGCAACAGUGGAGAUGCCAGACAAUCGUUCCUCCGUUGCAAAUUACUUGGAUAACUUAUGUAUUUUUUGUGGUGAAAGGGAUGAAUCCUUCACAGAGGAAGGGUUGGAUCUCCAUUACUGGAAACACUGCCGUAUGUUAACCAGAUGUGAGCACUGCAAACAGGUGGUGGAAAUAGCCAGCCUGACAGAGCACUUGUUGACUGAUUGUGAUAAAAAGGACAGCUUUGGGAAAUGUCAACGGUGUGGUGAGGCCCUUCCAAAAGAUGAGUUGCCCAAACAUAUUAAGAGCAAGACUUGCAAUUCUGCCAAGCCAGAACAUGUGGCAAACCAUUGCCCAUUGUGCCAUGACAACUUUCCUCCAGGAGAGGAGGGCUGGAAAUCUCACCUGAUGGGCUGUAAAAUGAAUCAGCGGAGGCUCUCCAUCUUAAAUAAAACUCUUCUAGUGCAGCCUGGCAAAACGGGUGGUCAGUAUUUAAGGAAAGCAGGUCCUUCAGGAACAAAAGCUCGAUCUCCCUCUCUAGGAAGCAAGAUCCCAAUCCCAAGAGGGAGCCCGAAUAAAAUCAGUGGCAAAACAUACACAAAGCAAUGA